AUGGGUUACGUCCCUACUGCCUCAACGCCAGUUCAAGUUGCUACUCCCUCGACGACAGUUCCCAACUCCUCAAUCUCAAGCUCAAAUUCAGCAGCACCACACACGCUACACCUCAAUGGCGACGAGUCGGACAGCGCACUCCACGUUAUCAGCGACACGCCCUACGGUGGACGAGGCGCUUUCGCCACCACCAAUAUCCCCAAGGGUACGCUGGUGCUGACGAGCUCGGCGCCAUACGCCAGCGUCGUCCUUCGCAAGUUUCGGAAGGAGGUGUGUAGUUGGUGUUUUGGGUAUUCGUUUGAGAAGGGGAAGAGGAAGUGGGAUGUUAGGUUGGGAGGUGAACGGGAUGGUGAUGGUCGUGGCACCAAUAACUCGAAUGGAAAGAACAACACGACGACGAUGGCGACGACGAUUUUCUUUUGUAGCGUCGAGUGCCGCGAGCGGUGGGUUGGGGAUUAUCGAGGGCCGAUGAUGACGACGACAGUAACGACGCCGGGGGAGUCGGGUGAGGGUGAUGGUGUUGACUUGUGGUUCCAGCUUUACUCGUUAUUGGAGAGGACGUUUGUUCAGGAGACUGCUACCGCAUUAUCCAAGUCCAGAUCCAAGUCGAAUUCGAAAGCCAAAGCCAAAUCAACUGCUAAUCGCAAUAACAGUCACACAAACUCGACUUUGAGCACGACUUCCGAGACGUUGAUUCACCGUCUCGAAUCGCUCACGGCUGACCAAGUCUCGAACGACGUCGUUAAUAGUCUCUGGAGUCUUGCUGAUGUGGUGUUUGCUGAUGAGAAGGGUGUUCUUGCUGUUCUUAGGCAGUGGGCGUUGGGAGGAGGGCAGUAUUCGUCUUCGUCCCCCUCUGAUACGUCCUCCUCGUCCUCAUCCCACGGCUCAGAGGGUGGUGGUGGUGAUGGAGGUAAUGCUGGUGGUAAUGCUGGUGGCCACGAUGGCGUCUUCCUAACAGAAUUCGAACUCGACUGUGCGCGAUUCGUUCUAGACGGGUUGUUCAGACGUGCUUUGCAGGAGUAUCGACAAUCUUCGGUCUCGUCAUCGUCUUCUACUACGACUACUACUCAACCGGACAAGAAUGGGAGCAACGCGGACCCCGAUGUCAUUAACGACGGCAAGACGAGGAAAACGGGUCUAGGGUUAUGGACGGAUCUCCUAAAGCUGCAGGACAACGAGGUGAACAAUGUCCGUUGUAGACCUUCCAUCCUCGCUUCGUUCAUUCGGGUGUUUGGGUUCCUCAAACAUGUCGUGUUUAUGACCUUUAAGAAUUCACGACAACGACAACGAUCUUCACGACAAGGACAACGAUCUCCGGCCGCUUCGAAGACGAAUGGGAAAUGUGUGGAUAUUAAUGGUGUGGGGGCCAAGGUGGAUGGAGUCGUGGAAGCGGGCGAGAAUAAUACCUCAAAUGGUUCGGCCGUAGUCAACGACGACUCGGAAAAACCGUCGUCCGAGUUCUCAGUCUCAUCGCCCAUCCUCGACAUCCUGCGGAAGUACCUCUGGCAAUCGGGUGCGGUACGCGCGAUCACUGCGAGGGACCAUAGUAAUGUGUUUGGGAUAUGGGAGCAGGCGGAGGAGGAGGAGGAUGCGGAUUGUGAGAUGUUGGGUUGGGGGAUGUAUAUUUCGGGGGCUUACUUUAAUCAUGACUGCUCACCCAACCUCAAAAAACGGCGCUCCGGCCGCUCGAUGCAGUUCUUCACGAUCAGGGACGUCCAAGCUGGUGAGGAGCUGUGCACGAAUUAUAUUGAUAUUGGGGAGGAGUGUAGUGUUGAGAUGAGGAAUGAGGAGUUGGAGAGGGAGUGGUUUUUUAGGUGUGCGUGUGGGCGGUGUGUGAGGGAGAGGGGGUUACGGGAGGGGUAG